AUGGAACGGAGCUGGGAAGGCAUUCGAAUGAGAAGGACACGACUCCAUCGGAGACAAAGCCCUUUGUUAGCGGGAAAACACCCUUUCUGGGACUCACGUGCCUAUCAGAAGCAGGAAAAUUACUGGGAAAAACAUUGGUCGCCAGCUCUAGCCAGGCUGGGAGCCUGCGUAGGCUUCCUCGCAGAGCCGGCAGGGGGGGCACCAGCCAAGCUUUGCGAACCGCGCCUCCCCACACCCUCUCCCCCUCCUCGCCCAACUUCCCCAGAGCCUCCGCUUCGACUAAAAACGGCCAUUGACCUUUCAAGCUCUUGGGCAGUGAUGCAAUCGAGUAAUUCAAAGAAAAAUGGUUAUCAAAAUUUUGGAUCCUGUUUUCCUCGCCCUUGCGGCAGGGAAUCACGGCCUCGAGCGCUCUCCCCGCGCCGCGCUAAGGUAGGCGCCUCCGGGGCAGGGGCGCAGGUGAGCCGGGCGGGCGCGGGCUGGCGCGGGCGGGCAGCCGACCGCGGAGUGCCGCGCAGGGGCAAAGGAGGAGCGGGGCAGGGCUGCCGGGCGGCGAGCCGAGGCCAGGGGGAGGGGACUGAGGUGCCCGCCCGCCUUAAGGAGGCGCCUUUCUCGGCUCGGGCGCAGCCUCCCGGGACCCCGGCCGGGGGUCGCUGCCACCUCCUGGGGUCCCCGCGCGGCCGGAGGGCUCGGUUCCCGCGGACCUCGGCCCUCUCCUGCACCCCGCGUGUCGCUGGAGGGUCGCGCGGAGGAGGCACGGAGGGGUGGGAAGGGGGACACCCCCAUCCCGGGGGAGGGGUGAGGACGGCUGCAGUCUGCGGACCCGGGUACUCAGGCGACACGGUUAGGAGCGAGCGCCAGCCGCCAGACGGGUCGGCGGUGGCCGGCAACUUCUCCCGCCACCCCAGCACCCCGCGGUGUGGGGUCACGGAGGGCGGAGCCCCGAGCGUGCACCCUGCGGCCGCCGGCCCCGCGCGCUCCCAGCCCGGUCCCCGAGGCCUGCGCAUUCGCGGUCGCGCCCGAGCCUCUUUAAAGCGGUCGCGGGGGCUGCGGUCACGUGAGGCGGAUUCCUGGAAAGUUCCUGGAAAGCGGCUCCGCAGCCGCCGGGCG